AUGGCUCCCAAGAUCACCGUCCACUGGCUCCGCGACUCGCGCUCUCAGCGCAUCCUCUGGCUUCUUGAGGAGCUCAAGCUCGACUACGACAUCAUCGAGUACAACCGCGACUGGCAGACGUUCGAGAUCCCGGACGAAGGCCUCGAGAAGGGCUACAAGCUCAAGAGGUUCCCCAUGAUCAUCCUCGAGGACGCCGACAAGGGCUUCCCGACGCCGACGACGCUCGCCGAGUCGGGCGCCAUCUUCGACACGCUCAUCAACCUGUACGGCUCGCCGUCGACGCUCGCGCCCGCCUGGUCGUCGGGCCUCUCGCCCGCCGACGCGUACAAGUACGCGUUCUGGUCGCACUGGGCCGAGGGCACGGCCAUGUUCCACCUCGUCGUGUACCUCGUCCUGUGCCGCACGCCGGCCAAGUUCGGGUUCGCGACGUCGUGGAUGGCGAGCUUUGUGUGCGGCGCCAUCGUGCGCGCCUACAUCCUGCCAAACCUGAAGAAGACGUUCUCGUUCAUGGAGGAGGAGCUCGGCGACAACGAGUUCUUUGUCGGCAACAAGUUCACCGCAUGCGACAUCCUCCUCUCGGUCCCGUACGAGCUCCUACGCGCCAUCCCGGCCAACCCGACCGUCUCGCAGGCCGAGUUCCCGCGCCUCGCGGCGUGGUUCGAGCGCGUGUCGACCCGCGAGGGCCACGUCCAGGCCGAGAAGAGGGGGAGCAAGAGCGAGCUGGCGCCGUACUUUGCCUGAGACCGACGGGGUCCGAGAGCGGAGGGAGAGGGUCGCCCGGUCGUCGUAUUUGUCCUGCCUGCAAGUUUCUUUAUCUCUUUC